GGAGCUUCAGAACAUCAGAAGCACACAGUAUUCGUCAGAGAUCCACUUUGUGUGUUUGCCUGGUCACACAGAAGGGGAUGAUUUAGCAACAAGGAAAGUACUUUGCAAAGAGAGACCUAUACACUUCUUGCUGUGGGGCACAUUUGCCAAAAUCCUUCUGAGCUUUCAUUCAUUUGACAUCCUUGUGCGACCAAGUAGACCAAUUUAUUGGCACAGGUGAUUUUUUCUUUGCAGUCAGUCUCAUACCCAACCGUGUUUAGAAGGUUUGUAUAGAAGGGUUUGUUAAUAUAUUACUAUAUAUAUUAUAUAUAUGUAUUACUAGCCUGAUUUAUAUGACAGUUUAUUCCAAAAAGCAUGGUGAAAAUUUAUUUUCUUUAAAGGCUGGUGGUAUUUUCUGAUUUACUGAAUAACUAAAAGAGAUAUCCAUAGUUCCCUCAGUAAUAUACUUUUCAUAUCUUAUGUCAACAAAAUGAAAAGAAAAAAAAUGAAACUGGCUUUAUAAAAUGUUCAGAAUAAACGUUUUGAGUUUAUGCAAAUCAGCACAUAUUUAAUUACAUCAUGCCUAAUUUGCAUACUCAAACAUUAAAUUACAGAAAACUUGUAAUACAUUUUUUUCAUUUAUUUACCCUAUUCACUUGUAGUAUCUCCACCUUACAGUAUAUUCAACACAUUGGACAAGAAAGGCUUAAUAUACGAAAUUGCCCAAGGGAUAUCACCGGGCACCUUCCUAAAUCUUCAAGAGGUACCCCUAGUCUACUAGAUUCUGCAAAAUAAAUAAAUAAAUAAACGACAAAACCAGGUCUGACCCCAUGGCUGCCUGACUAGUUCUGUUUUUAAGGUCUUAAACAUGCAGUGGGUACGGGUUGAGAAUGCACCUUUUGCCGCGGCAGUCCCGAAGAGAUCCCGUAGGCUGUCCAGCCGAUUUUUUCGAGGCUAAGGCAAUGUACCCAAACAACCACCAGGUGGCAGAAAGUUUCAACCCGCAUUUCAACUGCAUUUAAUGAUGAAGAUUGCAUAUCCGUCAAUAGUCGACUCCUUUAAUCUCAUUUAAUCAUUAAAAUUAAGGUGAUGACUGGCGAAAUUAAUCAAACGACGUUUCAAUAAACCAUUGUUGAAAUGAAUGAAAAUGUUUUUUAGAAAAUCGCCUAUAGGCCUAUCAGAAGGAAAUAGCCUUCAAUUCAACCUGAAAGACUCGAUAGGCAACCUUAGAUUAAUUCAUUAGGCCUAAUUCAUUGCGGUUACAAGACCGCAUUUCCGUGAAUAGGCUAUACAGCGCCCUCCACAAUUAUUGGCACCCCUGGUUAAGAUGUGUUCUUUAGCUUCUAAUAAAUUCAUUUUUUUUUCCAAAUAAUAUAAGACCACAAUGAAAAAAAGCGUAAAAUCCAACCUUUAAUACAAGUGCAUUUAUUUAGAAGGAAAAAAAUCCCACAUUAAGAAAUAAUUAUUUUACAUCAAAUCAUGUGUGCCACAAUUAUUGGCACCCCUGAUGUUAAUGCUUUGUACAACCCCCUUUUGCUAAUAAAACAGCACCUAAUCUUGUCUUAUAAUGUUUCACAAGAUUAGAGAAAACAGAAAGAGGGAUCUUCGACCAUUCCUCUUUGCACAAAAUCUCCAAAUCAUCCAACGACCUGGGUUCUCUCCUCUGCACUCUCCUCUUCAACUCACCCCACAGGUUUUCAAUGGGGUUGAGGUCUGGGAACUGAGAUGGCCAUGGUAGGAGCUUGAUACGGUGUCUGGUGAACCAUUUCUGUGUAGACUUGGCCAUAUGUUUAGGGUCAUUAUCUUGCUGAAAGACCCAGUGAUGAUCGAUCUUCAGCUUUCGGGCAGAGGCCACCAGAUUGUGAUUUAAAAUGUCCUGGUAUUUCAAAGCAUUCAUGAUGCCAUGCACCCUAACAAGGUUCCCAGGCCCUUUGGAAGAGAAACAGGCCCACAGCAUCACCGAUACUCCCCCAUACUUCACAGUGGGCAUGAGGUGCUGUUCUGCAUACUCAUCUUUUUGUUACGCCAGACCCACUUAGAGUGUUUGUUGCCAAAAAGCUCUAACUUUGUCUCAUCUGACCAAAGCACACGGUCCCAGUUGACGGCCCAGUACCGCUCCAGACGUUUGUGCUUAUGAUUUUCCGUGCAUGCCUCCCAAACAACUUGUUGGCAUGUAGAUAGCGCCUGAUGGUUGUUUUGGAGACUUUGUGACCCCAAGAUGCAACCAUAUGAUGCAAUUCUGUAACAGUGAGUUUUGGAGAUUUUUUAAUUUCUCUUACCACUAUUAAAGGGGCAGUCAGGGAUUUUAGACUAUUUCAAACCCAUAAAAAUCUUCUUUUCGCAACCACUAGAUGCCUUUUCCGUGAGAACACUGUAAAAAGCCCUGUGUCUGUAGGCAGCCCUGCAACAAUCUGGAAACAAACAAAGUGGGGGCAGCCUGUCCCCCAAAACAAAAAUUAAACCCUGUUUGGAACUUCUCUGGGAAUUCUGAAGUAAGGGGUGAUUCGUGUUUCGUUUUGGCCUUGGUUAAUAUAAUGUAUGUUUUUUUUUGUACGUCUGCUGACAAAUUUAAAUAUAAACAAAUGCCACUUCCAGCAAAAUCUGUGACUUCAUCUUUAACUGCAGCCUUUGUGAUUUGCUAAUUGCAUUAGUUCAAAUUGCAACUUUGGUUAAGAAUCUAUUUAAGGGGUGAUUGUUAUAAAAAUGAAAUUAAAGAUAAAAUGUUCAAUAGGGUGGUCCUUAUAUUGGGUCUUUUCUCUUUUCUUUGAAAUGUUCAACUCUCACCCCCUAAAUGUGUUAAGGUAGAGCUAAAAAAAAAAAAACACUGUGCAAAAUUUUGAGUGGUUCCUACAAUAUCUAGAGGUUGCUCAAGGCCUUUGAAUAUUUCCAUCAGAAAGCUUUGUUCUGUCCAUCGUAGCAGGCAGUUCAGGGCUAACAAUGCUCUUUUGAGCUCUUUUGUAGUUUUGGAAGUAGAAGGUCCAUCUUGCUGAUUGAUCACAGCAUAUCUCACAGAAUAACACUCAUCAUCACCAAUAUAAUCCUCAUCUGUGCUAUCUUCAGAAGCAGUCAAUGCUAGUGCUUAAAUGCUAGUGUAACCAAAUUCACAAUAGAUCAUGCGAUUGAGAUCUUUUUAUGAAAAUUAAAUGUAUAGAAUUUGAAGGUGAAAGAGUAUGCAUGUUUCAAAACACACCCAGUUGAACAAGUGUUGGAUAUUUUAAUAUGCAUUCUCAUAUUCUAGUGUACUAUAACUUAAAUAUUUUCUUACGUUCCUUGUUUUCAUUUUGUCUGUUGGCAACAGUUGACAGCUUUUGUUAUGGUUUACUAUGUUUUAGUAGUUUUAAUGUAAUAUUUCAGACAACCCCCUUUGAAUUUGACAGAGAUGAGAAACUCUGGUGAGCAAGGUAGUGUGAUGCAUAAGUUGCGGUGAAAUAGUGAGUGUUUGGGAGAUGUAGAUGAUUCCAUAGGCCAGUAUUAGUGUUGUUGAAUGUUGUGUUGCAUGAAAUUACCUACAAGCCAAAUAAAUAUGAUGAUGUAUUCAUCUUAUAAAGGAGUGAAGAACUUCUUAAAUGAGCCUGCCUGAUGCCUUUAACUGUAUGUGUAACCUGUGUUGUAUUGAAACGUGCAGCUCAGCCCUGCAAUUGCCCAGACUCGAACCCUCAAACAGAUUGGAGGUCCAGCAUGCUACUGGCUACCACAACGCCCACAACUUCACUCCCCAUCUGCGUCACGGAACCAGUUAUUAUGUCCAUAAUUCAAAGACAUAAGUGACGUUCAGAGGAAGCAGAUUCUUUUUUUUCAAUUUGUUGGAAUACAAAAAAUACAUUAUUAACUAGUUAACAUUAUUUCACAUGAAUGGUUCUGUUCCAGAACAUAACAAUAUAUUGAAACAUUUUUUUCAAUUUGUUUCUUGUUUUUGUUCCUUGAGCCGGUUCAAAGCCUUGGUCUUCAAAAACAUUUUAAUAUUUUUAAAAUGUUUCUGUUCUUUUUUUCAGACUGGCUUGUCCAAAGCCAUCUGUAUAUUUAGGCACAGUCAUGCUUCACAGAUCAACGUCUCCAGCCUCCUGGGUCUGCUCACCCGAUACACAGCAGGAAUCAGGUAUGCCUUGGAGCUUCAGUCCCUACAGAGGGGGAUGUCAGAGUCGGGUCAGGCAGAAGAUGAUGACACCAAUCUUUCCGUUUCAUCCAUUGAGGAGGACUUUGUCACUGCCUUUGAGCACCUAGAAGAAGAGGAAAAUGGAGAUUGUUCAUUCUCGGCUUCCUACAGUCAGGGAAAUCAGCGUGAUGUUGCCUCCCAGACAGUCUCCAGAUACUGCAAAGACAUGGCUGGCUGUCACAUCAUUGUAAGCACUUCUUCCAAGAAGAGCUCAAGAAAGCAGAAGUACACCACUGAGGGACCUAUCUCUGCCCAGUUGGGUUCCACUUCUACGUGUUUUUCAAGAAUUGAGAAUCAGUCCAGUUUGCCUUUGCCAGACAUUUCCCCUAAAGAUCAAGACAUCUCUCACUCCAUGACAGAGUCAGAUGACUCAGAUUGCUCUAGCCCCAGUCCCAUAAUUUUCUUAGAUGAAGUGGACUAUCAGAGGAGUCUUAAGGCAAAACUUGAAAUACCCAAGAUCCCUGUCCUCAAGGAUGGUGUAGAGGACUCUGACUCAGAGGUCAGUGAAUUUUUUGAUAGUUUUGAUCAAUUUGAGGACUUGGACCUAAUACUCCAAUCAUCCAUCAAGGUGCCAAAAGGUCAAAACACUACUGGCCAAUCACAGACAAAGAAGUUGUCUGAAGAAACUGACUCUAAAAAUGUCUCCAGGGAUCAUUCAACUAUGAACCCUCAUAAAUUUGACCAUUCUGUUCUCCCAGACAAUAUUAGGAAACCAACUCCACUGAGGCCAGGUUCUCCAUAUGGUGUUCACUCAGAUGUCUCAGAUUCUCCUCGACUAGUAAGGAAAUCCUGUGAUGAGAGUGGAGCACUGUUCAGUCCAAUCUGUUCAUCUGCUUUCAGCCCUCUGGGAGAAGGGGCUACCCUGGAGCAUUUCUGGAAAUUAGAUGGAGACAUUUCAGAGUUACGCAAACCUCAUGAUCUGUGUUCCUUGUAUAAAACCUACUCUGAUUUUGCAAGUAACCUGUCCAAGGAAAUUCUUGGAUCUGUUUGUGGCUACUCAUCCCCUGUUGAUAUCAACAUUAAUAAGAAUCUGAGUUGUGUUUGUCACAAAGAAUUUAAAAGCAUCAGUGGACAUCUCAUGAAGUUGGCUGACAUUCAAGAAACAGUAACAGUUUCCCAGUCACAGAAGAAAUAUCCAUCUCUCAAAGAUGGAAUUCAGAGAUUUGCCACAGAUCUGGUUGAAAUUAGUCUUGGUAGUGCCUUAAGAGAUAUCCAGAAAGGGGUGUCAUCCUGUACUACUACACUUUGCCAUUUAGCUGCCAGGCUGACCUCUUCAGUGUUUCAAAUGGCCUUUCAUGAGAUAGGUAUGCGUCGUGCAUAUGUGUUAAAAGAACGUGCCAUAAAUGGAUUAGCUGGCUUCCUUGUUGGAGAGGCGGUUUCUGGGGCACUUGGAGAAUUCUUGUCUUUGAAAAGUCAAAUCUUUAACAACACUGUUGCAAAAUUUGCUGCAGAUUUGGCUGAAGAGUUAGUCUUUGAAGGUAUCAUGGAGGUUUGUCAAUUUUCACACCCCUCUUCACCACUGAAUCCAAAAGUUUAUUCUUUUGAACACGAAGAGGAAGUUGUUUCUUCAUAUGCCACAGACCUAUCAGAAUCUGUUAUUCAGGAGGCAUUUAUAGAACUGUCACAAGCUGACAUGGCAUUUACAACCCAAGCAGCCAUCAGUGUGUCUGUAGACAACAUAUGUCAUGUCAGUUCUGAGAAGUCCAAAACAGCCUGUUAUACAGCCAGUUGUAAUCCUUCACUAAGAAGCAGCCUUCAGUCAUGUGAUCCAGUGCAGGAUGAUUGCAUGAUGCAGAAAGCUCUUUUUUGUGUGUCUGGUAUGGCUAGCUGUGUCUCGGUCCCUGUGGCUGGAAAAGCGAUUUCUCAUUUGCAGAGUCUAGAGGAGACUGCAGAUAGCAGUGUUACCUUUCAAAGAGAGUCUAUGGCAGUUCCACUAGAUGACAGUAUUUCAGGAAGAGCCUCCUUCAGUAAUUUGUCUGGUACCAUGGUGGAUAAGAUAGUGAGUGAAGCAUUUGACCUAAUGAAAUCCCCAAAAGUCAAGAAAAAAGUAGAAGACUGUGCUGACUUCUUGAGUAAAUCAAUGGGAAGUCAUCUGUCAUCAGGUCAAGGAGAGAAUCAGACUUUAAAUUCAACUUUUAAGUUGCAUGAUGCAUCCAUUCAGAGUUCUGAAUGCAGCCUUUUGAAUGUCUCAAAAAUUGAAAGUGAAGAAAUAUUUGAUCCUUUGCCACAGCAUCAUUCCCCAGUCAAUCAAGAAGCCUCAGAAAUUGAUGGUGUUUUGAUUAAGGAUGCUCUGGAUGUACACACCUUGGAUAUGUCCACUGGAGGCGAAAAGGUCAACGUAGAGGAAAUACCCCAUGGUCCUGACCAAGAAUGUGGUGCAGACACAGGAGCACCCUCUAAUCCACAGCAACCUUUAGAAAACUGCAAUGAAAGAAAAAGUAAGCACUUUUCAAAGAGGUUCAAAGGCCAAUUCACUAAGGAAUAUUCCCCUUUAACACCCCCUUCAAUGUCAAAUUAUCCACUGUCUGGUCAUAAAGCAAGCUCUGACUUUCAUAAGGCAGACUUCAUGUGUACAAGAUCUUUGUCUGAGGGGGCAUACCACAUUGAGGUGGAGGAAGAUGCUCUGAAGGAAGCAUAUAAUUCCGGUAAAGUUAAUACAGCUGAGACAGAACAUGUCAUCAGUUCUGAAGACAAAAUGUUGGAAAAUGGAGCUCUCCUCUAUGCAGGACGAUUAGCAUGCCACAUAGUCUCUAUGGCAACUGAAAUGGAUUCAAUGGACCUUGAUGUGCUAUAUAACAGGGACACUGACAGAAAAGAUGUCUCACACAGUGCAAAGUUUUCAGAGCAGACCCUAAACAUUUUAUGGAUGUACGCUGGUGAAAUUGCUGGAGAAGUUAUGAGUGAUGUGAAGAAAAUGAUGAUUACAAACCAUAGUCAUCACAAAGGUAUUCAAAAGGACACGUCAAGAUUAUCACAGAGUCAUGAAUCUGAUGACAAAACUGUUAAGUUGAAUGAUCUAGGUAAUCAGUGGUUCAGUGACUGUCUGCCAUCAGUUCUCAAUGCCCCUAGCAGUACUACCAGUGGGAUGACAUCUGAGUACCCUAGCUGUGAGAAUGUCUCAGACGAGUAUGCAGGCUACGUAAUUAAAGUUUUGAAGAAAGAAGGUGGAAGCAGAGAACUGAUCUUGGAUCAUUAUGCUAGUCAGCUGGCAUAUAGAUCGAUAAAGGCUGGACUUACUCAUGCAGCUCACAAAUUAAAGCAGAAAUCAAGACUUUAUUCCUUAAGGCAAUUGCACAGCAAUAGCAGCCACAAUGUUUGUGGAAUGUCAGCUUCUCAAACAAUGCCUGCCAGAGGCGCUAUUGGUAAAGCAUGUUCCCUUAGUGGUGCUGCACAGCCUUUAUGUCAUGAAGGGCAAGACAAUAAGAAUGAGUACAUGGAAUUUGUACAUUUUGCAGAGUCUUUGGCAUACAGUAUUACCUGUGACGUUACAAGGAAGCUUAGAGUGUCCUCAGUGCGUUUGCCAAAGUCACUGACUGAUUCCUGUCUGUAUAAAAAGACUAAGCUUGAGGACAUGGCAGAGAAUUUCAUGAAAACCACGUUUUCUUGUUCUGUAUUGCCUAACACAGAAAAAAAGCGACAGUAUCAUAGCACUGGGAACUUAAAUGAUGACUCUUACAACAGUGCCAUAAUGCACGUGAUUGAGCACUAUGCCCAAAAAAUAGUAGAUGACACUUUGGAAAUUACCUUAGGAACUGUCGCCCAAAAGUCUGCAGGAGGACAAACUCUUGAAAGACUCACAUGUUCCAAAAGACUGUGGGAUACUAAGGCCAGAGCCACAUCAACAUUUCAAGCAUGCCACUACUGUCAAGUUGGUGAUUGUUUGUGUUAUGGAAAGUCUGUUAGACAUCACUAUCAGGGUUUGCAGAAAAGGGGGGGGCAGUGUCUUGAUGCUGCAAGUGGAUAUGAAAUUCCCAAGAUUCAUAUUCAUUUGGAUAAGAGGGCAAUGUUUGCAGAAGAAAUGGUGUCAACAGCAAUUGCGAAAGCAAAGAAAGAACUGAGCAGUGCUAGCCUAAAUGCAGACAGUGGAAUUGGUCAUGAUGGAGCAAGCUUUGCGGAAAGCCUCACCACAGAGAUUAUGACGUCAGCAUUGUCCAAUGUCUGCCAGACCAUCAAUUUGAGCAUGUCAGGGAAAGAGGGUAUCAAUGCAACAGAAUCAACUAUAAGCCAGCAGCUGAGCUUGAGUAUUGGAGAUGACAGUCUUGGCAGUUGGUCUAACUUGAGUUUUGAAGAUGACCAUCCAGAUGAGAGUAGCAGUUUCUUCCAUUUAAGUGACAGUAGUAAUGGGAACAGCAGUAGCUGGAGCAGCCUGGGUUUAGAAGGAGAGGUUUAUGAAGAGCAUUUGUCCUUUUCCCCAUCUGACAGUGAUUACACUGAGGAGAAAGAAUUGGAGGCCAAGGAGGAAACAAAUGGCACGGCACGGGCGGAAAGGGUCCAUGCACAGGGAGAGCGGGCACUGUUAGUGAUCAACACAGAGCUAAGGGAGCCUGGCCUUGACCCCCAGCUGAGGAGCUUACUCCAGUGGAUUGCAGCCUCUAUUGCUGAACUGCCUGUUCUCCACCUGGGCCAUCAGAAUAGCAAGGAGCUCCAACAGCUCCCACAGGUCAUGCAGAAAGUGAGGGAGAGGCAGUGGCGAAUUGGGGAGCUGCUUCAGGCCCUGUUGAGGUAUUAUGAGGAAGCACAGCCUGAAGAGCCAGCAGCAGACAGAAAAAUGCAUGAGUACAAGUCUCUCUUCCAAUGGCUUCUAGAGCAUGUCUAACUCACUCACUCAUGCCUUGCCUUCUAUGUCUGAGCUGUGAGUUAGCCUUAGUGAACUCCAGCCUGAGGAGUUACCAUGCAGAGUUCCAAUGUUUUGCUGUGAUAUGCAGCAUGCUUGCUGAAACUAGUGGCCUCCUGUAGGAAGUCUUCUCUUGAGUAUUACAGCCCUAACCACCAGGGUGUGUCAUAGAAAUGGCUCUCAUAAUUGCUCAGUGUGUGAGUUUGAGUUUCACCAUGGACUGAAAGUAUUUUUUCUAUUCUUUUGUGUUUGCUAAUAGAUUCCAUGUCACAUUAACAUACUUCUAUGUUAUCAAACAGCCAUUCCCUGUCAAUGAACAACAAGUAGUGUUUUCUGUCAAGGAAACCCCACAGCUUGGGGCAGAAUGAAGUCACAACCAUACCUUUCCUCUGUGCUAAUGUUUCCAUUUAGUAAGGGACCAUACAAACAAACCUCAGUUGAAGAGCUCUCAUCAUUGCAAAAAGCUUAGAGUGAAAUGGAAUUAAAGGUGUUGUCUGGCAAAACAGAAUUAAAAGAAAAUCACUCACCACACGGUCCUAUUAUUGUAUUGAGAACAUAUUUCUGUGCCUUUCACAACCCUGGAAUACCCUACAGAGGAUCAUAUGUGUUUGUUUCCAGCUCCAAUCAUACCAUAGGAUAAUGGCAUGUAUCAAUUUGUUGAUUUUAGCAUUGAUUGGAUUGUUUGAUACACAGCAUGACGCACAGAGCCUUAAGCUCAGAAGCAUAAUAUACUAGGAAUAACCCCAUGGGAAGAUAGAGAUGUUCUUUCUGUCAGUAUUACAUGAAAAAUAUGUAUGUUUGCUUUAUACAUUUUGUAAGCCCCUGUUAAGAAUCCCAUUAAUCUGGCAUGCAUUGGAAGGUGCAGCGGUGCUAAAAAGUUUGUGAACCCCUCCUUUCAAUUACUGUCCCUUCCAAUAAAUGGUUAAUGGUUGUGUUUGUGUUUCAUAACGGCUGACUUCUUUUCACUCUAAGGUCAUUCUUGCAUAAAUUGAUUUAUUUGAUCAGCAAACAAAUCAUUUGUAUUAAUUCAAAUUUGUAAAUAGACAUUAUAACAGAUUUUCUUUGUCAUUUUAUAAGGUUUUCAAUUUUUAUAAGAUCUGGUAACUUUUUAGGUCAUAUGCUCAGAUUUACAAAAAUCUGUGGGGUUCACAAAAUUUCUAGCACCACUGCAUAUGAUGAGCAAAGUGUGUGCUUCUUAUUAUUUCUAAUGCACUUUGUUUUUGAUAGAUACAUUUGUUUUUAAUGUCCACAUAUUGCAAUACUUUGUUCUGCACAUGAAAAGGAAAACUAUGACAAUUUUGAAUGGCACCUCUAUAUUGCUUCAAUUGAGGAAAUGCAAUUCCAGAUGCACUGUGGUACCUAUGCUUAUCCUAAGUAAUCACCUCCCUCCUCAGUUCUUCUCAGUAUAUCCCAUCCUGUUUACAGUUUUCUACUGGUCCAUACUUAAUCAUCUAAUUGUACAGUGUCCUUUUAAAAAAUGUGUGUUUUAUGGUUAAGGUCAGUAUUGUGUAACAAUACAUUCAAAAGUUAGUCCGGGCUACAAAAAGAUGUCACUCACAUAAACAUGCUACCUUAAAACCGAAAUAUGUUAGAAACCCCACACAGGCAACUGCCACCUUUCAAAUCUAAGAUGUGUGUAUACUUUAGGUCAAUCAUUUUUGCCUAUAUACUAACUUUGCUGCCUUCUCCAAGUGAUGCAGCUUUGCUUUGUGCCAUUAGUAGAGUGGUGUUCUGUAGUGGCUUUCAUUUAGCUGUGCUCGCUCUGGCAUCCCAACCUGCAUGGCAUUAGGGUCUAUAGUGAGCCAUCACUCUUAACUGUUGUUAUAGGGACAUCCACUUGUCAUUGUUGGUCUCAUCUGUUUCAGUACAGCAUGACCAAGAAGUGUUCAUGUUUAUGUUAUCUGUGUUUUUGUUGAUGUAUAUGCUGCAAAAUUUGGGAGCCUUCAGAAAUGAUUGAAGUCUAAAAAUGAAUUCCCGUAUUAAAUUACUUUAUGAAAGGGAAGAUAUGUGUAGUUCCACAGUAUGGUGAGCAAACUAUUUAUGGAGCACAAGAUCUUUCUUGCAAACCCAUACUGCUGCCUCUCCCAUGAGGUGAUGCUGAAUGAGGGCUUGUCCCUAUAAGCAUGUAUAUAAAUAAACCCAGGUGUUCAGCCUAUACUGUAUUGCUUUAAUAUUUUGCUUUGUGUACAUUCCUAUCCUUCACUGAUUUUUUUACUGCAAUGUUGUGUUAUUUAAAAGCAGAAUGGCUAUGCUUGAUGCAGCUUAAUAUUAUAAAAAGUAAAUACUUUAUUUGUUGUGUUGCCCUCAUCCUACUAUACCAGGCAAAUACUUAUUCACUGACUUCUAUUUUUCCUGUGUAUUUGUAUAAUCUCACCAAAUAAAUCUAAAUUAUUCAAUGUAA